GAAUUUACACAUGGUGAUUAACUACGUAUUUUACAAGAGAAGUCCGAUUAUAAAAUAAAAGGAAUGGUGACUGGCGGCGGCGCGCGGAAAUGGCUUGGUAUUUGCAAAGUUGUGCGAAAUUUACCUGUUCCGCGUGCUCUUUUGCCCAGCCUGCUCCAUCCCAUUCUCCGACAGUUUUCUUUACAAAUUCAUUUCUGGUGCCGGUUUUCUAUUAUAUUUAUAUCUCGAUACAUAGAGCUAGUUUUGGAGUCUCUACAGGCUGUUUUCUUGCUGUUUUUCGGUUGUGGGUGGCCGUGGGUGGCGAGAAAAUGCUCUGCGUUCUCCUGAGGUUCAUUCGACCGUCGGUCUCUACGAUCCGCCUCACACACGCGGACAAUUUUACACCCCACCACCUCUGCAUUUGUAAUAUACUGCCUGAUUUUGCAAGCACUAUCUGCACCGGUACCGGUGCUUAUAAAUCACACCUCGUCGUCGUGCUGACCGUGUGGUACCGCGCGCAGCAACGACUUUGUGAUCUUGCCGUAACAGGAGAGCUGUGCUGAGAAAAGUUAGCAUUUCCCGCCAAAACCAAGCUUUCAUCCUUCUCUGUCUCUCAUAGACAUAGUAUAGACGCAUUAAAAUAAUG